GUCCCUCUUCCACCGAUUUAUAUAAAGAGUCGAUUUCCCAGCGACCACUGUGUGUUUUUUCCUUUCUCCUUCUCUCUCCGCAUCGGGAUCUCAAAAGGAAAGAGCUUUAGCAGCUCGAAGAGCUCGUUGCUUCGUUCUCUUCGCUUGGUAUCUUCCCCUCUUCAGAUCUCACAACAUCGCAUCUCUCUCUCUCUCUCUCGCUCGCGAACGCCCUUACUGGAGUACCGCGCGGGCACAAUUGGGGACACAAUUGGGCGCUCAGCGGCGAUUAUACGAUGUUGAUUAGAAGAGAGUGACAAUGGGUUGCACUUGCAUGGAUCUCGGGGCAUGGAACUGCUAGGGUUGCGGGGUUUCGGUGGGAUUUCGGGAGCUUUGGCGUUCGUUCAGGCAUGGACUCGUACAAGGGGAUGUCUUCGGACAACAUCAAGGGGCUGGUGUUGGCCCUUUCCUCCAGUUUGUUCAUCGGGGCCAGCUUCAUCGUCAAGAAGAAGGGCUUGAAGAAAGCUGGGGCUUCUGGUGUUAGGGCAGGUGUUGGGGGUUAUUCUUAUCUGUAUGAGCCUCUUUGGUGGGUCGGCAUGAUUACAAUGGUUGUGGGAGAGAUUGCGAAUUUUGCAGCUUAUGCAUUUGCGCCGGCAAUCCUGGUCACUCCUCUUGGGGCACUGAGUAUUAUAAUUAGUGCUGCACUUGCACAUAUUAUAUUAAGAGAAAAGCUACAUAUCUUUGGCGUUCUUGGUUGUAUACUAUGUGUUGUUGGAUCAACAACGAUUGUACUUCAUGCUCCUCCAGAGCGGGAAAUUGAGUCUGUUGCGGAAGUGUGGGAUCUUGCUACAGAGCCAGCCUUUCUACUGUAUGCGACUUUGGUAAUUGCAGCAGUCUUCACACUCGUUGUCCAUUUUGUACCACAGUAUGGACAAACACACGUGAUGGUCUAUAUUGGUGUGUGUUCACUUGUGGGGUCGCUCUCAGUCAUGAGCGUUAAAGCGCUUGGAAUAGCUUUGAAGUUAACAUUCUCAGGAACGAAUCAGCUAAUAUAUCCUCAAACAUGGGCCUUUAUCAUGGUUGUGGGUACCUGUGUGAUCACUCAAAUGAACUAUCUGAACAAGGCUCUUGAUACAUUCAAUACUGCUGUUGUAUCACCAAUAUACUAUGUGAUGUUUACGUCACUAACUAUUUUGGCUAGCGUAAUUAUGUUUAAGGACUGGGACCGGCAAAAUCCAACUCAAAUAGUGACGGAGAUGUGUGGUUUUGUGACAAUCCUUGGUGGUACUUUUCUUCUCCACAGAACAAAAGACAUGGUGGAUGGCUCACCAUCUUUAAACUCACGGCAUUCUAAGAUCACGGAAGAUGAUAAUUUUGACCUAGAAGGCAUUCCACUACGCUCAGCUGAGUCCUUGAGAUCCUCAUAGCUGUUUACCCUGGAGUUGAACACAUUUUGGGUAAGAAUAUAAGGCUGUCCUGUGUUUCGUCCAAUUUUUGGAUGACCCUCCAUUUGAUUCCAAUGAUGGCCAAGAAAGAAGAAAUUCUUUGUCAAGGGUCCAGUCAAUACGUUGAAGUUUCACAUGGCAGCGGUCAUGAGCCUAAAAAAGCUUCCACAUGAUGCUUUUACUGGAAACAUUAUUCGCAUUGUAAUAGCAAGCGCAGAGUUCUUGUAUACUUGUAUUUCCAGCUCAAAUUUGCAGAGAAAGUGGAAUCGUCUUGAUUGAGUUUUAUCAACUAGAAUUUUUUUUUUUUUGUUUGGUCGACUGUCAGAUGACAGGAGUAUUGUCUAUAUUGAUGAGCCUUCUCGAGGAAAUAGAUGUUGAACAGCCACUGCUGGUGCUAGGGGUAAGCAUUUAACUGAUGAAGCCCAUAGCGCUUGUGAUGCUGCAGAUGCUACAUUGCGUUUUAGUUCUUGUUUCUGGACUUCUGAAGUCAGGCCUUAAGCAUACAUUUGUUCUUUCUUUAGUUUUCUUAGCUCAUUUCAAGUUUAAUUCUAUCAGAAGAGCUGGGUUUCGACUUAU